ACCCACAUUUCCCUAUAAAUUCGGGCCUCAAACUCGAACUUUGUCGAACCGCUUGAGGAGGAGACUACAACACACCCAAAGCUCCAAUCUCUCCUCUACUCAAGCUCUCUCUCUCUACCCCUCCCUCAUUCUCUCGAUUUUGAGAUUGUAAGAAAUGGAAACCUUCUUGUUCACCUCUGAAUCAGUCAAUGAGGGUCACCCAGACAAGCUCUGUGAUCAGAUCUCAGACGCAGUGCUCGAUGCCUGCCUUGCACAAGACCCUGAGAGCAAGGUGGCCUGUGAAACCUGCACCAAGACCAACAUGGUCAUGGUCUUCGGAGAGAUCACCACCAAGGCCAAUGUAGACUAUGAGAAGAUUGUUCGAGACACAUGCCGUACAAUUGGCUUUGUAUCAGCCGAUGUUGGUCUUGAUGCUGACAAUUGCAAGGUUCUUGUGAACAUUGAGCAGCAGAGCCCUGACAUUGCUCAGGGUGUCCAUGGCCAUUUGACCAAGAGGCCUGAGGAGAUUGGUGCUGGUGACCAAGGUCACAUGUUUGGCUAUGCCACUGAUGAGACCCCUGAGCUCAUGCCCCUCAGCCAUGUCCUUGCAACCAAGCUCGGUGCUAAGCUCACCGAGGUUCGCAAGAAUGGUACUUGUGCUUGGUUGAGGCCUGAUGGCAAGACCCAAGUGACUGUUGAGUACUACAAUGACAAGGGUGCCAUGGUUCCAAUUCGUGUCCACACUGUCCUAAUUUCAACCCAGCACGACGAGACCGUGACAAACGAUGAGAUUGCUGCUGAUCUCAAGGAGCAUGUGAUCAAGCCUGUGAUCCCUGAGAAGUACCUUGAUGAGAAGACCAUCUUCCAUCUCAACCCAUCUGGCCGAUUCGUCAUCGGAGGGCCUCAUGGUGAUGCUGGUCUCACUGGCAGGAAGAUCAUCAUUGACACCUAUGGAGGAUGGGGAGCUCAUGGUGGUGGUGCCUUCUCUGGGAAGGACCCAACUAAGGUGGACAGGAGUGGGGCCUACAUUGUGAGGCAGGCUGCCAAGAGCAUUGUGGCCAGUGGACUUGCCAGGAGGUGCAUUGUGCAAGUUUCAUAUGCCAUUGGUGUGCCUGAGCCUUUGUCUGUUUUUGUUGAUUCUUAUGGCACUGGGAAGAUCCCAGACAAGGAAAUUCUCAAGAUUGUGAAGGAGAGCUUUGAUUUCAGGCCUGGUAUGAUUGCCAUCAACCUAGAUCUCAAGAGGGGUGGCAAUGGAAGGUUUUUGAAGACUGCUGCCUAUGGGCAUUUUGGCAGGGAUGACACUGACUUCACAUGGGAGGUGGUCAAGCCACUCAAAUGGGACAAGGUCCAAGCUUGAAGCUCUCUCUCUCUCUCUGAAUGAAGAAGGCCCUUCAUCAACAUUGAAUUAAUUUGAGCAUGUGCUGCUGUUGCUCUCUAUACAGGCAAUUUGCCAUUUGGGUUUUUGUUUUGUUAUUUUUAUUUUUAUUAAUGAUUUGUAUUUUUUGGGUUCUUUCAAGGAUGUAUUAGUUUAUUAUUAUGUUGGUUAAUGGAAGUGACAAAACAUAUGGAAAUUUGUGUUCACAGAGGUUGAAUGUAAUGCCAUCAUCGCUGCUCACUGAGAUAAUAAGAAUCCAUAAGACAAA